CACAUAGUUUGGAUGUGUAAAUGUGCAAAUUGUGCGUGAGGACUUGUGACUUUCUUAUUCACGAAUGCAAGGUAUAUAUAGUAGACCAUUAGUCCUGAACACAUGCUGAGGACCAGUAGUCUGAUCAAAAUCUGAGGAACUAUUUUUCUGCCUGCAAUGAUGAAGGGAAACAUGAUGGUCUUUGCUCCACUGUGUUUGCUCCUUUGCUGGAUGCUGCCUGUAGACUCCAUGAUGAUCCGUUCCAACUUAAUUCUACAAGAUGCCAAAAUGAACACCACGUUGAGCAUGGUUACAGAGUCAGUUGAUGACAGCUACAUCGGCUGCAACAAAGAAAUGGCAGAAAAAAUCUACAAGACAUACUUUGAGGAAGAAAAGAAUGCGUCACGAUUUAGAGUCGCCUGGCAGGAAGCAGAAAAUUGUAGUGAAAAUAGCUUAAGAAAUAGAGAUAAAAAGGAUAAGAAUCUAACCAAAGAUCACAUGCAAGCAAUCUGUGUUUAUACAUCUAGGUGUUUGUACAAGGAGUUUAAUGAUGCAGUCCGGACAGAAGGAAGGAAUUACAAUUCCUCAUUCAAAUUUCACUCUUUACAUUUCCUGCUGACAUCUGCCAUACAGAUCUUAAAACAAUCCGGCAAACUGUGUUACUCUACUUACAGACGAACCAAAGUUGUGUUUAUUGGCAAAGUCAACGACAUAUUUCGCUUUGGGUCAUUUGCCUCCAGCUCUCUCAAAACAAACUUGAAAGACUUUGGUAACAAGACCUGCUUUAAAAUUAAGACCUGUUACGGUGCUUAUUUGAAAAAUUAUUCAUAUUAUGAUCAAGAGGAAGAAGAAGUGCUCAUUCCCCAUGAGAAGUUCAAAAUAACUAAGACAACUAAUGGUCAGAGUACAAUUCAAGGUCUGAAUGAUUGUGAAAUUGUCUAUGAAGUGGAAAGUGUAGGGCAGGAGAGCAAUCUGAAGUGCAUGCUUGUGAGCUGAUACCUGGUGUGAGAUGCAACACACCUGAGCAUGCGGGGCUCCUUCUCCUGGCCUGCCGACUGAUUCUGUUCAGUUUGUUUCUUUGUCUUUUACACCCAUACACACCUACAGUUGUAUAUUUUGCUUAAUUUACUUAUUAAAAUAUCUAGUAUUACCUUCAUACCCUCUUUCGUCCAGUGUUUUUUCUCCAACUGGUGAAAAAAACAUCCUGCCAUCUUCAAACCUUUUAACGCUCUCACAACUUAAUUAAUUAUGAUAUAUAACAUAUCUAAACAUUAUCUUCAAUCUAUAACUUGCUCAGAGUUUGUUUCAUCAUUGUGGGCUUUUGUUUUACGCAGUCCUCUAGCAACAUGUUACUGUGUACAAGACAUUUUUGAUAAGUUGCUUGAAUUUGUUGGAAAAAUUCCUGCUUUUGUAAAGUGAAUUCUAUCA